AUGGCUCGACAAGCGACGUUUGAUCGAUGCGGGUGGUCGCCAAAGCACAUCGGUCCCAAUGUGCUCCCAAACUUCUUCCUCUUCAGCAGGCUCGUCAGGUUGGCACAUAAACCAUUGACUGCCUGUCGGGACCUCACCUUUGGAUUUACAGCGACAUAUACGCAGCUCUUGACUGAUGUACUGCAUUUUCGGAAUCAUCUACGGGAUCAGCUGAGCGCUGAGGUGGUCGCACGCAUCGACAAAGAAGAUGAGAUCUACGUCCUCCUUCUGGGACCGGCUGGCUACGAAUUUACUGUCGGUUUCCUCACAUUGAUUGCUCUGGGAGUGAUUCCGGUGCCUAUAUCUCCCGACCUGCCGGUCAAGGAAGCCACGUACUUUGCGAACCAGGCGCAGGCCGUAGCCGUGUUGACGGCCGAUCGAUGUCUCAAGCUAGGGACUGGCCUCGAGGAGGCAUUGCGGAAGUCAGAUCGUCCUACCUUCCAGUCAAUCCGGAUACGCCCACAUCUGAUGCAGCCCUGCUUGAAACCUGAAGACCUCAUUAUAUCUUCCGAUCGGUAUAUGGACUUGAACAAGUCUGGCUACGUGAUCUUCACCAGCGGCACGACCGGCCCGCCAAAGGGAGGCGUCAAGCGGAGAGGCUUCCUCUACGAUGUGGCAACUCAGUUCUCCGAUCAGCACGGGAUCCGGGAAGGCGAUUUGGUUCUGCAUGUUCUGCCCGUACAUCACGCAACAGGCAUCACAGUCACGCUUUUACCCUUCCUCUGGAGUGGCGGCUGCAUUGAGUUCCGCAGCGGCGGCUUCGACACUGCCUGGACAUGGGAGCGUAUAAGAAAGGCAGAUCUCGAUUUCUUUAGCGGAGUGCCGACGAUCUACAUGCGGCUCAUGCAGCACUACGAGCAAGUCCUCGUCAAGCGUCCCGAAGCUUCGCAGUACGCUGCUGGUGCUAGCCGUAUUCGUGCUAUGCUCUGUGGUACGUCGGCAUUGCCUCGUCCACUGCAGCAGAAGUGGACUGCUCUGAGGGGUGGCAGUGGAAUCCUGACCAGGUACGGCGGUACUGAAUUCGGCAAUGCCUUCACAGUGACACCGUGGCUUGCGAAGCAGGGCGUACCCGACGGCUCGGUAGGAAAGAAAGGUCCUGGUGUCGACAUCAGACUUUCCAACGGCGAUGAAGGCGAGGUCCUGAUCAAGACUCCAAUCAUGUUCUCCAAGUACCUCUUCGACGAGGAGGCCACGAGGAAAGUCAUCAGCGAAGACGGGUACUUCAAGACUGGCGACAUAGCCAAGCGUGAAGGCGACUUCUAUUCCAUCCAAGGCCGUGCAAACAUCGACAUCCUGAAGUCUGGUGGCUACAAGAUCUCCGCCCUGGACAUCGAGCGCGAGAUUCUUGGGCUGGAGUACGUCGCAGAAGUCAUGGUCGUUGGUGUAGAAGACGAAGAGUUUGGCCAACGAGUUGCCGCUGCUAUCGUACUUCGAGACGACAUUCGGACGACUUUGACGUUGGAGGAGCUUCGUGCCGAUCUACGAAGUAGUCUCGCAGGCUACAAGAUGCCAACGCUCUUGCGAGUAGUCAAGGCGAUUCCGAAAAAUGCCACCGGCAAGGUCAUCAAGAAAGUCUUGGUCCAUGAGAUGUUCCCGCGACAAGAUCAUCCCGAAGUCCAGCGAUGGACCUCGUCGAAGGGCAAGAGCAAGUUGUGA